AUGCCAUUGUUUUGUAGUUCUACCACCUUCAUGUUGAAAGUCCGACGUGCUGCGGUUAAAACAUGGAAAUGCUUUGCUUUUAUUGCAUUCGUGUCCUCAUCAAUGCGGUACAUUAGCUGUGGUUUCACGGCAGAUGACAACACCAAAUCGAAGUCAUGUCCAUUUGAUGCAUUGGGUAUUAGCAACAAUAGUGACAUGACAACAGUGAAAGCGGCGUAUCGAAGCAAAUGCCAAACGGAACAUCCGGAUGUUGGAGGAACGGAAGAGGGGUUUCGUCGCAUCCGCUGGGCGUAUGAGUCGUGCUGUGAGAAACUUGUAAAGACGGGCCCUCGCUCUAACAGUGAAUUUGAUGGUUCCUCUCAUGAAUCGUCAUCAAAACAAAAGGAUGAUGAGGGCGAUUAUACCCAUUCUUAUUACCGGUAUAAAUCUAAGGAUGAAAGAUAUCAUGAACAGAGACAGAUGUUUUAUUAUCUCUUUUCCUCAGUGGAGACACGGAACGAUAUUGACAAUUUACUUUCUAAGGCUUUACGCAGUCAUUGUUUUGAUGCUAUCGACGUGAGUGAACCCCUUCGAUUAUCUCUUAGGAAUUAUCACCGUGUGACGGGUUAUGGCGAGCAUCAUUUGACCAGUUGUUUUGCAGCCAUGGAACACUGGGAGGAAUAUACACAGCGGCGUGCAGAUGUGACACAAUAUCAUAUAAUGUUAAUACUUUAUACAGAUGGACCGAAACCAGGCCUAACUGCUCAACUUAUUAGUGAAGGCGUAGAGGCCAUAAUGGAACAGAUGUGUGUUAAGGGUAUUGAAUAUGAUGACUGGUCACUGACAUUAGCUCACAAGGCGUACCGUGUUUGUCCAUAUCCAUCCACGUGA